GUAUAACUAGGUACUAGAGCAACCAGCCACUAUAUACGUGGGCAGAGAGUAGUGAUCAUUCUUAACAGCUUUAUUAACCUUCCUCUUACCAUCCGACAAAAAAUAUAGUUGGAUGAAGGGUUGCUCUCCAGCGGCCGACGAGGAGAGGGCGGCGAUGGUGCCGCUGCCUCCUCCAGCUAGGGACGAGAUCGUCGACGAGGAUCUGGCGGCGGAGCACACCAAGCCGUGCUGGACCACGACGGCGAAGGGCGGCGUUGGAGUGGUCAUGUCCAUCUUUGUGCUUCUUGCUUUGCUAGUCGGCAUCAAAUGGAUCCACCUCGACGCAGCUCAGUACUACACGUUCUUGCCGGCGGGCACCGGGUUCAGUCAGCAUAGACGCGGCCACUCGUCCACGGCGCCCCUGGUACCCAUACCAUUGAGCUGCAGCAACGACACCGACACAUCGUCCUCGUCAUCCAACAAACGGCGGUACUAUCCAGGCGUGCGGCCGCCUUGGUGCCCGGACUACUUCCGCCACAUCCACGCGGACAUGGAGCCGUGGCGCGCGACGGGGAUCACGCGGGACGCGGUGGAGCGCGCGCAGCCCCACGCCGACUUCCGGCUGCUGGUGGUGGCCGGGCGCGCGUACGUGGAGAAGUACCGCGACUCGUUCCAGACCCGGGACGUCUUCACGCAGUGGGGCAUCCUGCAGCUGCUCGCCCGCUACCCGGGCCGCGUCCCGGACGUCGACAUCAUGUUCAGCACCCUCGACUCGCCCAGGGUGCUCGCCGCCGACUACCCGUCGCGGUCCGCCGCGCCGCCGCUCUUCCGGUACUGCAAGGAGGAGUCGCGGGAGCUGGCCAUCCUCUUCCCCGACUGGUCCUUCUGGGGCUGGGCGGAGGUGAACGUCCGCCCGUGGGCGCCGCUCAUGGAGGAGCUCGUCCGGGAGAACGCGCGCCUUCCGUGGCCGGACAGGGAGCCCUACGCGUUCUGGAAGGGCAACCCCGACGUGUCGGAGGUGCGCCAGGACCUGUUCCGGUGCAGCAACGACUCCGCCGCCGGCAAGGAGUGGAACGCGCGGCUGUUCAAGCAGGACUGGGACGCCGCCGGCCGGAACGGGUUCCGGGACUCGGACCUGACCAAGCAGUGCCGGUACAGGUACAAGAUGUACGUGCAGGGGCACACGUGGUCGGUCAGCGAGAAGUACAUCCUCGCGUGCGACUCGCCGAUGCUGGCCAUCGACACGCCCUUCAGGGACUUCUUCUCGCGGGGGCUCGUCGCCGGCAAGCACUACUGGCCCAUCGACCCGGCCAACAAGUGCCGCGCCGUCAAGUUCGCCGUCGACUGGGGCAACGCCCACCCGGCGCCGGCGCGGCGCAUGGGCGAGGAAGGCAGCGGGUUCGCGAGGGAGGAGAUGGGCAUGGACUACGUGUAUGAGUACAUGCUGAGCGUGUUGACGCGGUACAGCGCCCUGCUCCGGUACAAGCCCGCCGUGCCGGAGAAGGCCGUGGAGGUCAGCCUCGAGUCCAUGGCCUGCCCCAGGCGCGGCCGCGAGCGGGAGUACAUGAUGGAGUCCAGGGAGAAGUACGUGGCCGUGGACGAGCCAUGCACGCUGCCGCCGCCGUUCACGGUCGAUCAAGUCAGGGAAAUAGCCAUGAGGGACGAGCAGGUGCGAAGCAAACUACUUCAGAUGGUGCCACAUUAGCUAGGCGGCAUGUAUGAAGCGGGUUUUACUUUUUAUUUAAAAAAAUUGUGGCCCUGACACAUGUGAUAAACAAUUCAAAAAAAUGAAUAAUGAAGCAGCUUUUACUUAGUUUA